AUGAGCUCCAUGGAGGUUCCAGUUGGCACGGGAGACCUCGCCGGCGAGUCGUGGCAGAAGUCAUGGCCAGAGGUGGUGGGCAAGUCCAUAAAGGAGGCCAGGGAGAUCAUACUCAAAGACAAGCCCGACGCCGACAUUGUCGUGCUGCCAGCUGGGUCACCGGUGACCCGGGACUUGAGGCCCAACCGCGUGCGCAUCUUCGUCGAUAUCGUCGCCGACACACCCUUCACAGGCUAG